AUGUCUCUCAAAGGCAAAGUCGCAAUUGUCACAGGCGCCUCCCGCGGUCUCGGAGCCGGCAUGGCCCUCGAACUAGCCCAUAAAGGCGCAUCUGUAAUGCUCCUCUACACAUCCAACUCCAGCACCCCCAAAGUCACCGCCCUCCUCGCCCAAAUCGCAUCCCUCCCACACUCUUCCCCCACCACAUCCUGUCAAACAGACCUCUCCCUCCCCUCCGCCCCGUCCACCGUCCUCGCCGCACUCGCCGCCUGGCCCGCAGCCUCAGGCAAACUCGACAUCCUAGUCAACAACGCCGGCACCGAACUCAACGCCCCCCUCGGCUCCAUCACGCCGUCCGACUUCGCAUCUGUCUAUGAUCUCAACGUCCGGGCACCGCUGCUCCUAACCCAAGCCCUGCUGCCGCACCUCAACCCCCGCGCGCGCAUCAUCAACAUCUCCUCCGUCGGGGCGCGGGCGGGGUUCGCGGGGCUGGGGCUGUACUGCUCGUCGAAGGCGGCGCUGGAGGGGUUGACGCGGUGCUGGGCGCGGGAGUUAGGGGGCAACGGCACGACGGUGAAUUGUGUGGCGCCUGGGCCGGUGCAGAGCGAUAUGCUGGAGAAUAUUCCGAGGGAGAUUGUGGAGAUGCAGAUGACGCAGACGCCGGUGGGCAAGAGGGUUGGUACUGUGGAGGAGGUCGCGAGGAUUGUGGGAUGGUUGGCGGGCGAGGAGGCGGCGUGGGUUAGUGGGCAGGUUGUGAGCGCUAGUGGGGGGUGGGCGAUGUAUUGA